AUGGCGGCGCGCUGCUUGGGCCGCGGUGUCGUACGGCUCCUGGGCGGCCUUUGCGGGGUGGGCGCGCGGGGCCUGGCGGCCCCCCGGCUCUGGAGCAGCGCCUCCGCCCCCGCCGCGCCGGCCGGCUCGUACCAGGAGCGGAUCGCGCUGGCCGCCAGCGAGCCGGCCGCCUUCUGGGGGCCGCUGGCGCGGGAUGUGCUCGUGUGGGACACCCCCUACCACACUGUGAGCGACUGCGACUUCCGCAGCGGCAGGAUCGGCUGGUUCCUGGGAGGCCAGUUAAACGUAUCCGUCAACUGCUUGGAUCAGCAUGUUCGGAAGUCCCCGGAGAGCAUCGCUUUGAUCUGGGAGCAGGAUGAGCCUGGAACUGAAGUGAGGAUCACCUACAGGGAACUCCUGGAGACCACGUGCCGCCUGGCCAACACGCUCAAGAGGCAUGGAGUCCACCGAGGGGACCGGGUAGCCAUCUACAUGCCUGUCUCCCCGCUGGCUGUGGCCGCAAUGCUGGCUUGUGCCAGGAUUGGAGCCAUCCACACUGUUGUCUUUGCUGGCUUCAGUGCGGGGUCCUUGGCUGGGAGGAUCAAUGAUGCCAAGUGCAAGGUGGUUAUCACCUUCAACCAAGGACUCCGGGGAGGGCGCGUGGUGGAGCUGAAGAAGAUUGUGGACGAAGCCAUAAAGCUCUGCCCAACCGUCCAGCAUGUCCUCGUGGCUCACAGGACAGACAACAAGGUCCACAUGGGGGAUCUGGACAUCCCCCUUGAGCAGGAAAUGGCCAAGGAGGAGCCAGUGUGCGCCCCAGAGAGCAUGGGCAGCGAGGACACGCUCUUCCUGCUGUACACCUCGGGGAGCACUGGGACGCCCAAGGGGCUCGUCCACACCCAGGCGGGCUACCUGCUGUACGCCGCUCUGACGCACCGGUUUGUGUUUGACUACCGGCCAGGCGACGUCUUUGGCUGCGUGGCUGACAUCGGCUGGAUUACGGGACACAGCUAUGUGGUGUACGGGCCUCUCUGCAAUGGAGCGACCAGCGUCCUUUUUGAGAGCACCCCGGUUUACCCCGACGCUGGUCGGUACUGGGAGAUGGUGCAGAGGUUGAAGAUCAAUCAGUUCUAUGGCGCCCCGACGGCCUUCCGGCUGCUGCUGAAAUUCGAGGAUUCCUGGGUGAAGAAGUAUGACCGCUCCUCCCUGCGGACCCUGGGCUCAGUGGGAGAGCCGAUCAACCACGAGGCCUGGGAGUGGCUGCACAGGGUGGUGGGGGACAGCCGGUGCACGCUGGUGGACACCUGGUGGCAGACAGAAACAGGGGGCAUCUGCAUCUCGCCGCGGCCCUCGGAGGAGGAGGCAGAAAUCCUGCCCUGCAUGGCGAUGAGGCCCUUGUUUGGCAUCGUCCCUGUUCUCAUGGAUGAGAAGGGAAAUGUCCUGGAGGGUGGAGAUGUGUCCGGGGCUCUGUGCCUGUCCCAGGCCUGGCCAGGCAUGGCCCGGACCAUCUUCGGAGAUCACCAGCGAUUCAUGGACGCCUACUUCGAGGCCUACCCGGGCUACUACUUCACAGGAGAUGGGGCUUACCGAACUGAGGACGGCUACUACCAGAUCACGGGGCGGAUGGACGAUGUCAUCAACAUCAGCGGCCACCGGCUGGGGACGGCGGAGAUCGAGGAUGCCAUGGCUGACCACCCGGCAGUGCCCGAGACCGCCGUCAUCGGCUACCCCCACGACAUCAAGGGAGAAGCUGCGUUUGCCUUCAUCGUGUUGAAAGAUGACGCGGGUGACGCAGACAUGGUGGUGAAGGAGCUCCGGUCGGUGGUGGCCUCCAAAAUCGCCAAGUACGCGGUGCCCGACCAGGUCCUGGUAGUGAAACGUCUUCCAAAAACGCGGUCUGGAAAAGUCAUGCGGAGGCUCCUGAGGAAGAUCGUCACAGGCAGAGCUCAGGACCUGGGGGACACCACCACACUGGAGGACCCCGCUGUCAUCACGGAGAUACUGAGCGCCUACCAGGAGUACAAAGACAAGUGGGGGGCCGCCCAGUGACGAUGGCUCUGCCGAGACCCCGAGCCAGGCCCCGAAUUUACGCUCCUAGAACACAGCUCCCGAGUCGGCUUGUUCCUAGACGCCCCAGCGGAACCCAUGUUGCCCUCCACACG